UGCGCAACUUCGUGGGGCUGAAAACAUGUUUGAAACGCUUCCAGAGUGAAUAAAGGCGGAAAACCCGGAGUCCAGUGAUUUUUACAGUAAUUUGUUAAUUCUAUCAAAGGUUUCUACAUAAACCUUCAUUUGUUUCCAGUAACUCGUACAAUUUAUUCCCUUCCUUAUUAUUUUUGUGAGACAACAAUAUAUCAACUAGUGAAACAAGGAUCGUUGGAAUAAUUUAUUGAGAACAACAGGAAAAAGAGAUGUUCAACCAGACAAGCACAUUGGGAGCUGUUGCCCCAAGCAAUGCCAACCCCAUGAAGGAUUUUGAAGUGGUUUCACCACCAGACGAUUCGAUAUCGAGUCUAGCUUUCAGUCCAGCAUCGAUCCCCCAGAAUUUUCUUGUCGCUGGGUCAUGGGACUGCAACGUCAGGUGCUGGGAGGUUGAACAAUCUGGGAAGACUGUUCCUAAGUCCAUGCAGACACUAGGGGGACCGGUUUUAGACGUUUGUUGGCACGAUGAUGGAACCAAAGUAUUCAUGGCAUCCUGCGACAAAAUGGUAAAAUGCUGGGAUUUAGCAUCAAAUCAGAGUGUCCAAGUAGCUCAACACGAGGCACCAGUUAAAACGUGUCACUGGGUCAAGGGAUCAAACUACUCAUGUCUGAUGACUGGCUCCUGGGAUAAGACACUCAAAUUCUGGGACACCAGGAGUCCAAAUCCACUGUUGACGAUUAAUCUGCCAGAACGAUGCUACUGUGCUGAUGUUGACUAUCCAAUGGCUGUUGUUGGAACAGCAGGUCGAGGCCUAAUAAUUUACCAGCUGGAAGGCUCUCCCCAGGAGUUCAAGAGGGUCGAAUCCCCCCUGAAGUACCAGCACCGUUGUGUCGCAAUAUUCAGAGACAAGAAGAAGGUCCCAAAUGGCUACGCCCUUGGCAGCGUUGAAGGACGAGUUGCCAUUCAGUACGUGAACCCCUCGAACCCCAAAGACAACUUCACCUUCAAGUGUCAUAGGUCGAAUGGCGCCCCCAACGGCUACCAGGACAUCUACGCCGUCAACGACAUUGCAUUCCACCCAGUGCAUGGGACUCUGGCCACUGUUGGCAGUGAUGGAACCUUCAGCUUCUGGGAUAAAGACGCUAGGACUAAAUUGAAGCCCUCUGAACCCAUGGAACAGCCCAUAACUCGUUGCUGCUUCAAUCACAAUGGACAAAUCUUCGCUUAUGCUGUGUCGUAUGAUUGGUCGAAGGGUCACGAAUUCUAUAAUCCGAUGAAGAAAAACUACAUCUUCCUCAGAUCGUGCUACGACGAACUGAAGCCGAGGAGUACCUCAUGAAAAAUGUUCAUGGUUUUUGUCUUGUAUUUUUUAUCGCAAAAGAGGCUUGAAUAAAUUUCUUCUAUUACU